UAUUCAAGAACACAAAAAAGCAGAUACAGAAACUUUUCACCUCCUCAAAGUUUGCGAACGAGUAUAAUGCAUUAGUUAUGAUAUCUUUUGAAGCACGGUAACUUGAAAGAAACAAAUUAUUAAAAAGUCAAUUAAGAAAUGGGCAUUUCUUUUUCCUUUUUUGUGGAUUUCCUGAUCAAACGGUUCAUCAAAUUCACUCUUUUUGACUUGGGAAACUGUAGUUAUUAAAAAUACAUACUGACAACAAAGAGAAAAAAAGGGAGGCUCUGGCUGGGCUUUUUUGAUUUUUAAUUAAUUUACUUUGAUUUUAAUCGAAUUUUGAUUUUGAUUUUGGGUUUUUUUUUUGUUUUUGAUUUUAAUUUUUUUGUCAAAGGCGGUGCUAGUGGGGGAUUGUUAGUGAAAGAAGGAAUAAAGAUGUGUCAUUUCGGGUUUUUUAUUUAUUUGAGAUUUCUUUAUUAUUUGGGAGACUGACUCUUCUUAAAACUUAGGGUUCUUUUUUUACUUUCCGAUUUUUGUUUUGGAAGGAUUUGCUUCCUGAGAAAUUUUCUCGGUAUCUUCGUCUGGUUUGGUAAUUUUGUUCAUUCGGGUUCUCGAUUCCCUUGUUUAUUUCAUCUGGGUCGGUGGGUUUUCUUCAGAUUUUGAACUCUCCACCUUUGGUUUUUAGGGAUUUUCAAGUGUCUCAAAUACAAAGUGAAGUUCCUUUUUGCUCUGUGAUAGAAUUUUGGAAAAUCAGAGGUUUCGAGUAAUAAGAUUUGCAGUUGGCUUUUUAGGGUUUUGAUUUGAUUUCAGAGUAAUGUUUUAGGUUUUUGGGAUUUCUUAAAGGGGCCAUUGGUGCCUUGCACUUAGUGGCAAGUUUGGGUCUUGCUGAGUCUGGCAUGUUUGAAUGAUGUUUAGUGCUCAAAGGUCUUCAAGGAACCAUUGCAGUCUCCUUGCUAUUCUUUGUGGUGGUGAAGUUUCUGAUAAUAAACAGAAGCAGCCAGUUUCUAAUGAUAAGUCCAGAUACCCAUUUCCAGAGAUUGCUUCUUCAGGUCGCUUGGAGGUUCAGCUUCUGAACAAUCCUAGCAUCGAUGAGGUUCGACGAGUUCUUGAAUCGUCUGAGCCAAAUGUUGUUUACUUACAAGGAGAGCAGAAUGCUGAUAGUGAAGAAAUUGGUUAUCUGGUUUGUGGAGAUGUUCACUUGUCCACUCCAGAAGCUUUAUACGGACUUUUUGGUUCCACAUUGCCCACCACUGUUUAUUUAGAGACUCCCAACGGUGACAAAUUGGCUGAGGCACUUCAUUCCAAGGGAGUCCCUUAUGUUAUAUAUUGGAAAAAUACAUUCUCGCCUUACGCAGCUUCCCAUUUUCGUCAAGCACUGUUGUCAGUGAUACAAAGCUCAUGUAGCCACACAUGGGAUGCAUUUCAACUUGCCCAUGCGUCUUUUAGAUUAUACUGUUUGCAGAACGACAAUGUUAUCUCUUUUAAUAGUCAGAAACAAAGUGUUAAGCCAGAACCGUGCCUGCUUGGCGAGCCUCCUAGGAUUGAUGUUCCUCAAUUGGAGGUAGAUAUGGAAGAGGAAGAAAGUUCCCCUGAAAAUCUUCCUGCCAUAAAGUUAUAUGAUGAUGAUGUGACAGUGAGGUUUCUCAUUUGUGGAUCUCCUUGCUCAUUGGAUGCAUUCCUCUUGAGAUCUUUGGAGGAUGGACUUAAUGCCCUAUUGAGCAUAGAAAUACGUGGGAGCAAGCUCCAUAACAGAGCAAGUGCUCCCCCUCCACCUCUUCAAGCGGGGACAUUUUCUCGUGGUGUAGUGACCAUGCGUUGUGAUUUUUCAACCUGUAGUUCAGCUCACAUAUCACUUUUAGUAUCUGGCAGUGCACAGACUUGUUUUAAUGAUCAGCUUUUAGAAAAUCAUAUAAAAAAUGAGCUUAUUGAGAAGAGUAAGCUAGUCCAUGCACAGUCAAGUUCUGAGGAGAGCAAAUUGCCAUCAUCUGAGCCUCGUAGAUCAGCCUCGAUCGCCUGUGGAGCAAGUGUAUUUGAGGUGUCUAUGAAGGUUCCCACAUGGGCUUCUCAGGUCUUGAGGCAACUUGCACCAGAUGCAUCCUACCGCAGUUUAGUAAUGCUGGGGAUUGCUAGCAUUCAAGGUUUAUCAGUUGCUUCGUUUGAAAAAGAUGAUGCCAAACGCCUACUUUUCUUUUGCACGGGCCAUGGAAAAGAUCCCCUCUGGGCUAGUUCUGUAAUUUCCAGAUCUCCGAGCUGGUUGGUGCCUCCCGCACCUAGUCGUAAAAGAUCAGAACCAUGCAAAGGCACUAAACCUCUAAACCGUAAUGUCAUGGAAGGUAUAAAUGGUAAUCCAAGACCGAAACCAAAUGUUGCUGCUAUGAGGCCAAUUCCUCACACCCAUCGUCAUAAAAUGCUUCCCUUUUCGAGACUUUUUGAAGUGGAGAAAUAUGAUGGUGACCAGGGAAAGGUUAACUUGCCGGUAGUUCCUGUGAAGCAACCUACUCCGGUUACAAAUCGUAAAACCUUGUCAAGUUCUUACCAGGCCCAGCAGAUCAUCUCUUUAAAUCCAUUACCUCUCAAGAAACACGGUUGUGGUAGAGCUUCAAUACAGGUUUGCUCAGAGGAGGAAUUCUUGAGAGAUGUAAUGCAGUUUCUGAUUCUCCGGGGACAUACUCGCCUUGUUCCUCAAGGUGGAUUAGCCGAGUUUCCUGAUGCCAUUCUGAAUGCUAAGCGUCUCGAUCUUUUUAACUUAUAUAGAGAGGUGGUGUCAAGAGGAGGCUUCAAUGUUGGGAAUGGCAUAAAUUGGAAGGGACAAGUUUUUUCGAAGAUGCGCAAUCACACAUUGACAAAUAGAAUGACUGGAGUGGGCAACACUCUGAAAAGACAUUAUGAGACCUACCUUUUAGAGUAUGAAUUGGCUCAUGAUGAUGUAGAUGGAGAAUGCUGCUUGCUGUGUCACAGUAGUGCAGCAGGCGAUUGGGUUAAUUGUGGAGUUUGCGGUGAGUGGGCUCAUUUCGGCUGUGAUAGGCGGCAGGGUCUUGGAGCCUUUAAGGAUUAUGCCAAAACAGAUGGACUGGAGUACGUUUGUCCACACUGUAGCAUCUCAAAUUUGAAGAAAAAAACACAGAAAACUGUGAAUGGUUACCGACAGACAAGCUUCGACUCACUUUAGAUUAGAUUCCCCUUUUACUUCUUCAAAUAAGUUAAGGCACCAUAACCAUCUUAGUGAAAUGUAAUUAUUGUAUUUUAUUCCUCCAUUGUUGUUCUCAUAUAUUUAUAUAUAGUCAUUAGCCAUAGUCAUAGAUGAUAUGCCAUUAACGAGGACUCCAAUUCCCCCCUCUUCCAAGAUUUUUGUAUUCUGAAGCAAGAGUAAACCAUAUUCUUAUUAACACUCAAUCAAAUUUAACGAGGUAGUUUUGUCCUCGUAGUAGAUUGCCAGAA